AUGGAUGAUGUGGACUAUAUUGAGUAUGAGGACUACACAGCAGGCAAUGACACAGAGAUCAAAACCAACGUAUCUCAGCUACUGACUUUCAGUACCUCGCAGUCGUCUCUGACUUAUGUCCUGGUGACAGCCAAUAUCAUUAUAUCUGUGGUUGGGCUCGCGGGAAAUUCCUUAGUGAUUUGGAUCUGUGGAUGGAAGAUGAAAACAACGGUCAUCACCACCUGGUACAUCAGUUUGGCCAUUUCAGACCUUUUGUUCUGUGUCUUCUUGCCACUCGACGUGUUCUACAUGAUAACCUCUCACUGGCCUUUCGGACAGAUAUUGUGCAAGCUCAGCUCCUCCGCCCUGUUUCUCAACAUGUACAGCAGCGUAUUCCUGUUGGUUCUCAUCAGCGCUGAUCGCUGUCUAAUGGCCUUAUUUCCUGUGUGGUCGCACAACCACCGAAGAGUGAGCAAAGCUUUUUGGAUCGUCGUCCUCAUGUGGAUCCUCUCUGCUCUCCUAACGCUGCCCUCAAUGAUCUUCAGAAAAACCACAGUCCACGGCUCAGUCACUCAGUGCCACACGGAUUACAAGGGCCAUUCCAGACACAAGGCUGUGGCGCUGACUCGAUUCAUCUGCGGGUUCCUGAUCCCUUUCCAAAUAAUUGUGUCCUGCAGCUUGGUGCUUUGUGUGAAGCUGAGAAGUUUGACCAUCAAGUCAACAAAGCCCUACAAAAUCAUGGUGGCGCUCAUCGUGUCGUUUUUCUUCUGCUGGGUCCCUUAUCAUACCUUUGUUCUCCUGGAGCUGGACCUGAAGAACCACAGCGUGGAAGUGCAGAAAGCCGGGCUGAGGGUGGGCUCCACGCUGGCUGCAGCAAACAGCUUCAUAUCCCCGCUUCUCUAUGUGUUCAUUGGUAAUGACUUCAAACGAACCCUGAAGAAGUCUUUGACAUCAGGGAUAGAGGAGGCAAUGGCUGACGAUUUUCGUACAGGUGGUCUCAGUAACUCAAAGGCCAAGUCGAUGGAAAUGAUCUGA